AUAUUGUGUCACUAUACUGUUAUAAGGGAAAGCUUGGACAUGAUUCUACUAGUGCUCCGUGUUUUUCUGAUUUUUACUUUUCUGGAUAUAGCGUUAGGCAAAACAUGUGAAGAAAGACUUGAAAUUCUUGAGAAUCAAUUUGAUAGCCUUAAAUUACGACUUGACGACCAGGCUGUCGCUGACAACGGUUUAGGAAACAGUGGACAGGAUGAGGUAAAUAUCAAGCUCGAGAAAGAAAAUCAAGAUCUGGAAAGAAGAGUAGUGAGCCUUGAGGAAGCUCUAACUGACUCCAAUAGACAAAUGUACCUCCUUAAAGCUAGAGUCUCAGAAUUAGAACGUAAAAACCAGGAACAAGAAACCAGACUAACAGCUGUGGAAGGGAAUAGUCGAGUGUCCGAAAUGAAAAGUUCAAAUUGGGAGACAUUUCUUGACGGAAAAGCAGAAAAACUCACGAAAAAGAUUGAAAUUGUUGAUGAAAAGCACACUCCAUCAGACAAUUUUAAAAGUUCUCCAUUAAAUGACAAUACUUUGACACAAACAAAAGGAAGGAUUCUGACGUCCCUAAUCAAACACCAGGUGCCAGUUCAGGAAUAUUCACAAAUGGACGAUGCACCAAAUGUAGCGGUGGAAAAACGCCUCUUGUCCGGUGAGAAUCUCGUUAGCAAUGGUACCUUUUGAAUGCUAUGAAUAGAUGGUCGGUUGUAAGGAAAUCUUGCAGGAGUAACUAUAAAUUAGAAGGAAAUAUGCAAACAUGCAAUUAAAAAAAUAGACAAAUAAAUAUAAUCUAUUAUAGUUGUCACGUGCGUCGAGGAAGGACUGUUACCAAAUUAUUCCUUUUUCAAAUGUCACCGUACAUACAAUUGUUGGUAACUUACAUGUAUUAAUGGGACGUCAUAGGAAUAUAAUCAUCUUGCUGAAGUAGCAUCAAAGCACACAAAGUAUUCUUGGGAGCAAAAUGUAUAUCUGAAAGUAAUCCGGGAUUUUUUUUUUUUUUUUUUUUUUUUAGAAAAAUCUAAUACUAAUGAUAUAUUACUUUCGUUGAAUUUUCGCAAUUAACAUUGAUUCAAUGAAUUUAUAUAUUCAUUAGUUUACUACAUACAGAGUAAGAUAUGUGCCACUGCUAUAUGCAGAGACUCAAGUGUGUGAUAUUUUUAUCUUCAACCCCUCUAAUCAGCAAUGAACUCGUCCGUAUAGUGCCUAGCAUAUCUCAUGUUAUUCAUUGCGUGGACCCUGAGGUCCACACGCAGAAACUAUAUAAGCGAGUUGAAACUGGGUGUUAUGGGGGAAAAUACACAAAUGUACGUUUAACUGAAUCAGGAUCCUAUGGCUUGAUGAUGCGACCUUUAUUUACAAACUGGAUCAUAAGUGUACAGAUGUCGGACAAAUCAGCUUGCGUGCACAAGUUUAUGAAUGAUUAUUGGUAUUGUUCAAUACAAUGAGUACAUGUUAAGGAAAGGUACGAUAUCAUAUUACAGCUCUAGCCAGUGAUUGAUCCAGAAUAUUCUUGAAGGUUCUACGAUGGUGCGACCCAAGUUUCACUUUUACCACCCAGAUGUGUGUGUAUGUGUGUGUGUGUGUGUGUGUGUGUGUGUGUGUGUGCGUGCGUGAAAAUAUCCAGUCAAUCCAUUUAGACCCACCAUUGGCGAGCUAUGAGACUAAUAAUGAAUUAUCUGCAAGUUUGAAGAUUUUGAAAAUAUAUUUUUUAAAACAGUUUUAACAGUUUUUUAAAACAUCUGUUAGAAAUGUAUGCCUAUGAUCCACGUUUUGUAGUCAUUUUUAAAGGAUAGCAACUUGUUUAUUUACGAUUUCAAAGGGACUCGGGAGUGUUAAAGAGUAUAUCUUAAUCUACAACCUCGCUAAUCAGCAAUGAACUCGUCCAUUCGAUACUUGUUACAAAUAUAUAAGCAAACAAACAAACAAAAACAAAACACAAACUCUCAUUUAAAUUGAUAUAUCUCAGUAGUAUAACGCGUCCCGAUAGGGAGGUCAACUGAGUGCACUUUUUAUGCAAAUGAGGUCAAGUAAGGGCGUUUUUGAUUGGUCAAGCGGUGUCGGGGUCAACGGAGUGCACUAGGACGGGGUCAACCCCAGCAGGGGUUGUAGAGCGGGUGAAUAGGGUGGGUUAUGGCCGGUGGUCUAUGAUGCGGUACUUUCGCUUUGAGUUCCUGGAAUGAGUUCCUGCUAUUUUUCUGAAAAUCCAGUGAAAUCCUGUGUAUUAAAUCCUGUGUAUUAAAUCUAAAAGAAUAACACAAGGUUUUAAGUUGACAUGUUUAUUAAAGAACAAUAGUACAAUCCCCAGAGCUGGCACGGUCCCUAGUUUUACCCAGCGCUGUCUACAGGUAAUAUAUAUAUAAAGCGGCGCGCGGUGCAUUGGGUGUCACUUUCGACAUCAUGUCAGACAAGUUACCUACUGGACUUCCACGGAGUUAUAUUGAACAGCGAUUGAGAUUUUUGAAUGAUCAGCUGAACAGACAACGGCAGCGUGAAUUACAACUUCGCAGAGAGAAUCAACGACGACUACAGUAUUUACAGCGGGGAGGGGGGAAAAAGAAACUCAUUUCGGAUUAUUACAAAAUUCAACUGGAACGAGGACGUCAAUCACGGAAAUUUAAAGUCAAGGAAAAUGUCUACAAUGUUGCUUUCAAACCUAUUCCAGAGAAAGAAAAUACAGCUUUCAUUCGUCGGCUCUUCCGGGAUAUGUUAAAAAAUGUGAAACAGGAAAUGCAGUGCAAUCCCAAUGAUUAUCUACGUUUAAAUAUUCGGCACCCGUCUCUGGAUUCAGCUAUUUGGUACGAAUUUACGCAGUCCAAUCAGCUCAACGAGGACAAAAUUCUGAACAAAAUAGAAUCCGUCCAGCAAUCUAAAAAGGAAUUCCUAAUCACCGACGGGGCAGUGCAGAUGGAUUUUUUCCAUGUCAAAUAUCCACAAGGCAGCGGGUGCACUAAGAAAAAACAUCUACACAUGGAUAAGGAGAAAUUCAAAAACUCCAAGAGAGCGAUCGUUCGCAUUCAAAAUCCUGAGGAUUCUCUCUGCUUGUCCCGGGCUAUUGUGGUAGCACGUCUACACAGCCAGAAAUCAAACGACCCGGCAUGGGAAACGAAAUGGUUACGCAUGAGAAAAGGGGAUUUCAAAACGCUCGACCAGAAACGAGAAGCGAUAGCCUUGAUGGAACAAGCUGGGUGUGUUAUGAACCAGCCGUGUGGGCCGCGUGAAUGGGAGCAAUUACAGCACGCGCUCGCCCCACAGUAUCGAUUGAAAAUAUUUCAAUUCAAAACGAAUACAACUCGUUUACGACUGGAACCUAUUUACAAAGGACCGGGGUACGGGACUUGUUUGAAUAUCCUGCUGGAUAACGAGCAUUACGAUGCUAUUGUGUCUAUGACUGGAGUGACGGAAAACGGAUACUAUUGCGAUUAUUGCGAUGUUGGUUACAGUCACAUUGAAGAUCAUCGGACCGUCUGUCCUCAUCGAUGCUCAUUUUGUUUAGCCGAUACCCGCUGUACCCCGGACGGGACUCAGACGAAUUGCCCUCAUUGUAAGGGAUUUUUCAGAAAUGCAGCUUGUUACCAGAACCAUUUAAAACCCUACAGCAGUAAUACAACGACCACGGUCUGCAGUUUAAUGGGGCGGUGUAACCAGUGUCAGAAAUGGAUGUCCAAGAAUUUAUUAAAACGCCACGCGUGUGGGGGUCAAACCGAAUGCCGCAUCUGUCACAAAGUCGUCACAAUGCCUCAUCACUGCUUUGUACAGACGAAACCCAAACCUAAGAAAGAAAAAGAAGAAGAGGAGUUGAAAAUAUACAUUUAUUACGAUUUCGAAUGCAGUCAGGAAAACGGUAUUCACAUUCCCAAUUUAUGCGUGGCAGAACGUGUGUGUCAACAUUGCGACAGUGUGGAUAUCGACAAGCCCUGUUCUCAUUGUGAAGGAUUCGGAUCACAACGCCGCUUCCUAUUUCAAGGCCCCGACACGUUAAAACAGUUUAUGGAAUGGCUCUUACAGAGCGAGACCGAUGAGCAAGGCCAUGUGGAACUCAAACACGAUGAAGCCACCAUCAUUGCCCACAAUUUCAAAGGAUACGAUGGGCAGUUUAUUUUGAAUUACCUGGUGCACACGGCGUGUAUCAAACCCACCGUCAUCCUGAACGGCAGUAAAAUCUUAUCCAUGCAAGUCUUGGGGUUGAGAUUCAUCGAUUCUUACAACUUUCUACCCUUUGCUCUUGCCAAGAUGCCCUCUGCUUUCGGAUUAACGGAAUUGAAAAAAGGAUAUUUCCCGCACUUUUUCAACACGACAGAGAACCAGCAGUAUGUGGGUCCUUACCCGGCCGCUCAUUUCUACAAUCCUGACGAUAUGUCCACCGCCAAUCGUGAAGCCUUCUAUACUUGGUACCAUCAACAAGAGGGCAAAGUCUUUGAUUUCCAGAAAGAAUUCUUAGCUUACUGCAUCUCGGAUGUGGAUAUUUUACGCCGGUGUUGUGCCCAUUUCAAAUCCACCCUGUUUGAUCUGGUGGAAGUAGACCCCUUUCAAGAAUCCAUCACGUUUGCCAGCACGGCUAAUUUAGCCUACCGACGAGGAUUCAUGGUUGAAAAUACCAUCGCCAUCAUUCCUAAUAUGGGCUACCGGCCAGCACGACGAUAUUCAGCUAAAGCUUGCCGAUGGCUCGCCUGGUUAGAACAUCAACAUCACUGCAUACGACAUGCUAGAAAUGGGGGCGAAGUCACGCUUGGACCCUAUACAGUAGAUGGGUAUGAUGAGGAAUCCCGUAUCGUGUACGAAUUCUAUGGCUGUUACUGGCACGGCUGUCCCACCUGUUACCCGAAUCUGUUGACUGACAUGCAUCCUCAUCGUGUUCAGCAUACGUAUCAAGACCUCUACCUGGACACCUUAAAACGAGCCAGUGCUUUAGAAGACCAAGGCUAUACAGUCGUGAGCAUAUGGGAACACGAGUUUGAUCGUCAGACCCAGACCAAUUCCGACUUACAGGAAUUUUUACAAGGAGUCGAUAUACAAGAUCCUUUGAAUCCCCGUGACGCUUUGUACGGAGGCCGGACCAAUGCUACACGACUGUAUUGUGAGGAGGGUGACAUGCGAUACGUGGAUGUCUGUUCCCUGUACCCGUACGUGUUGAAAUACAAGCCAUUUCCCGUCCAACAUCCCCAAGUCAUCACCAGCCAUUUCACCGAUGUCAGAGACUAUUUCGGGCUCAUUCGUUGUCGUGUCCUCCCACCCCGAGAGCUGUAUCACCCCGUAUUACCUUACAAGACCGGGGGUAAAUUACUCUUUCCCUUAUGCCGCACCUGUGCGGAACAGCGCAACUUAGGAUCCGACGAGCGGUGCCAGCACACCGAUUCUGAACGCAGUCUCACGGGCACCUGGGUGACCACCGAACUUCACAAAGCAUUAGAUCUAGGCUAUCGUCUCGACCGCAUUUACGAAGUUUGGCAUUUUGAGAAAACCAGUGACCACUUAUUUCGAGCGUAUAUCAACACCUUUUUGAAAAUUAAACAAGAAGCUUCCGGAUUCCCCGAGGAUUGUCAAACAGCCCAACAGCAGCAACAUUACAUUGAGGAAAUUCAGCAACGAGAAGGCAUUGCCAUGAAUCCGGCAGACAUCCAGAAAAAUCCGGUCCGAAGAACCAUUGCCAAACUCUUUUUAAAUUGUUUGUGGGGAAAAUUUGCUCAACGAUUACAAUUACCCAAAUCCCUGUAUCUCACGGAAGAAGAAGAAUUACAACAGAAAUUACAAGAUGCCACUUUAGAAGUCAAAGGCAUCGAACUCUUAGAAAAUCGUGAACGCCCCGAAUGUGAUAUGAUGCUGAUCAAUUAUCAGGAGAAAGAAGAAUUUUUAGAAGACUGUCCCUUUGGAAACGUGGUGCUGGCGUGUUUUACAACAGCUCAUGCUCGUUUACAUUUGUACGAGACGUUACAGCCUUUGGGAGAGCGUGUCUUAUACUUUGACACGGAUAGUAUCAUCUAUCAGCACGACGAGACCCAGUUCAAUCCGACCAUUAUCAACAGUUUAGGCGGCUGGACCGAUGAAUUGGGUGGAGAUCGUAUCAUCAAGUACAUGUCGGGCGGGCCCAAAAAUUAUGCAUACGAGACCCAGGGGGGAAAAUCUGUCUGCAAAGUCAAAGGAUUGACACUCAAUUAUCGUGCCUCUAGAGUCGUGUCUCUCGAUACGUUGGAAAAAAUGUUAAAAGGAGAAGAAGAAGAAGUCCAUGUCAGCUAUCCGCACUUUAUUCAACGAACCCGCCAACAUGAUGUGCGAACCAUUCCUCUGGUGAAGAAAUACCGCAUGGUGUAUGAUAAACGUCAACGUAUUCAUAACUAUGACACGCUGCCUUACGGGUAUUAAAAAGGACAUGCUAGAGAAAACCAUCAGUCGGCAAAAUGACGGACUACGAAUCACUACAUAACCCGGGUACACCACGUUAUGCUCUACUGUCAGAUCGAGUAACGUCGUUUGAAAAUGCUCCCGAACACUUGCAGAACCUAUUACCUACCAUUGCAGAAGCGGGAUACUUUUACAAAGGGUACGGGGAUAACACGUGCUGUUUUUAUUGCAACUUUGGACUUCACCAUUGGGGAGCUGUCGACAAUCCUUGGAUACAACAUGCUUAUUGGUAUCCUCACUGUCCUUACCUGAAGUGUAAUAAGGGUAAACAAUGGGUACGACAAGCCUUCAAUGCCUAUGCCCGCGCUAAAGACAGUGGUUGCGAUUGGGAAGGCUUACCCUUAGACGCGGCAGGGAAUCCAAUGUGUACCCAGAAAUGUCACAUUUGUUUAGAACGAGACUUGAGAAUUGCUUUUUUACCUUGUGGUCAUUUAUGUACUUGUGCUAUAUGUGCUACGGGACUGAAACAAUGUCCUAUUUGUAGACAUGGUGUUGAGCAAGCUGUACGUAUUUUUAUUUGUUAAUAAAUAGAUAUGAUUUUCCUGAACUUGUGUCAUUUAUCAAGAUGUAUACCUACGAGACACUUGAGCCUUUUCAGUUGAAACAUGAAUUUACCAUGGUGGUGGCCGGACCCUCUAAAUCGGGUAAAACGGAAUUUGUGAAGCAACUGGUACAAAAUACGCAGUGGAUUGCACCGCCUCCCGAAAAGAUAGUAUGGUGUUAUCGAGAAUGGCAGUCCGCGUACGAAUCCUUACAGGACAAGGUCACUUUUAUCCACAAUAUACCUCAAGACGAUGAGCAGAUAGUGGCGGAUCUCAGUACGCGUCAUCUACUCAUUUUUGAUGAUAUGAUGGGAGGUAAAGCCAUCGAAUCGAUUGUCGACUGGUUUACGCGCAAAGCGCAUCAUCGCAAUACCAGUGUCAUUUAUAUCACACAAAAUCUGUUUGAUCGAGCAGUACAACAUCGUACCAUCAGUCUGAAUGCUCACUAUCUUGUGCUGUUUAAAAAUCCUCGAGAUAAAUCUCAGAUUGGGGUGUUAAGUCGGCAAUUACAAAUGCCGCAUUUACUUCCAGCCUAUGAGGACGCCACCCGUGUACCUCACGGGUAUUUACUAGUGGACUUGAGUCCUCAGACGUCGGACGAUUUAAGAUUAAGAAGUCAACUCUUUACCAACUUGGCUGUGCACAUGCCCCCGAGAGUAUAAAUAAUGUCACA